AUGGUCGAUGCACAGGGGACUGGAAAGUCUGUCACGGUCAGCAAGACAGCUGCUAAGCGCAAGGCGGCUGGUGGUGAAGUCUUCGACUACCUAUCGAAAGAGCAGACGAACGGAGAUUGUCAAGAGCUGAGGAAGCUCCGGGGACAACCAAAUAGAAGCUUCCUACCUGGCCAGCACCACUGUGCUGUCCAUUUCCGUGAACCAUUUGAUCUAACCCCAGUCUCGAGGUGUUAG